AUGCGUUUCUUAGAAGCCCGUACAGCCAAAGAGACCGGUAUUCUAAAUCUAGUAGAGAAGAGACCGAACGAGCUAUUCAAAUACGCUAUACUAUCGCAUACCUGGGAGAAUGAUGAAAUAACUUUCAACGAUAUUGAGAAUGAUAAGGCGACUUAUACCUCAGCCAAGACGGCUGCAGCCCACGCAUCGCUAUCUAAAAUUCUAGGCGCGUGUGGCCAAGCUGCUGCUGAUGGCUACGAAUAUAUCUGGAUUGAUUCGUGCUGUAUUGAUAAACGCAGUAGUUCUGAGUUGUCCGAGGCCAUCAAUUCUAUGUUCGCGUGGUAUCACGAUGCUGAUAUCUGCUAUGCCUUCCUGCUCAAAGCACCGAACGAACUUGUCACGACAGAGGCCAAGGCCGAAUUUGCUACGAACAAGUGGUUCACUCGCGGUUGGACGCUGCAGGAGCUUCUCGCACCUAAGGAUGUGAUAUUCUUCUCCGGCGAUUGGGUUCCGAUUGGUGAGAAGAAGUUUCUAUGCUUGCUGCUUGCAGAAAUUACGGGGGUCGAUUUCAAGAUAUUGCUUGGUGACGAACCUCUGGACUCAGCGAGCAUCGCGAGACGAAUGUCGUGGGCUGCGCAGAGGGUAACUACACGACCAGAGGAUAAGGCCUAUUGUCUGAUGGGUAUAUUCUCUGUUAACAUGCCCAUGCUAUACGGCGAGGGCGGCGAGAAGGCGUUUCUACGGCUUCAGGAGGAAAUCAUGAAGCAAUCAGAUGACGAGUCGUUAUUCGCGUGGGUCAACCCUAACGCCCUACCAGAUGUGAUGGAGGGCCUCCUAGCAGCAGAUCCAUCAUACUUUUUAAACUCAAAUACUAUAAUUCCGUAUCAAGACUGGGAGCCUCGUGAACCCUACACCUUAACUAACCGCGGCCUUAAAAUCGGUCUUCAUCUUACGGCACUCAACGGCGACGAAUAUGUAGCAGCCCUCGACUGUCCCGUGCCGCCUGAUUAUAAGGAUUCGACCUUCUUGGCGAUAUAUCUACAGAAGCUGUCAGAACACAAUGACCAGUACGCACGUAUUCGAACAGGAAAACUCGCCAGCGUCAGUACGCGUGGAAACCUCCAGACUGUCUACGUCCCUCAGAAGCCUGAGCCACCAUCAUUGGAAGGCGCCUUUCUUCAUCACUUGGUCCAGUUAAGGGACGGUCCCUCUUCGACGAUCUAUCAGCUCGUCCGUAUCCUAUGGCCAAGUCCAUAUUCCAGAAAUGACAUGCCACUGCCAAUUGUAACAAAGAGUUCAGCCAGGAAAUGGGUCGCGGGCAAGUGGUCCCUCAUCUAUACUCUACGUCGGAAGCCAGAGCAGCUUUCGGCGGCUCUGAUAUUCAUACGCACAGAUGGUGCAAAGGUAGCUGUGUUGAUUGGCACGCUCAACGGAUUCAACAUUGCCUUCAGCGCAUGUGAACUCGGCACCUGGAUGGAUCCGGAGCUCGCAAGUUUCGAAGAAAUGGAAGCUCUUUUCAAGCCUACCACAGUAGGAAGAUUUGAGCUGUCAUCCCAUAGCAUCCGCGUUUCCGCUACGCCCGUGCUACGAUCAUCAGACAAAUAUUAUAUAGUUGAUAUUGGAAUCGAAGCUAUAGAUUUUACAUGGGCAGAUAUUGUGAGAGAAGCAUUUGAUGCUACUACCAGUUUAGCCCAUAGCAACAAUGCAAGUACACCAAUGCCUGAAAAGGAGGUAGUAGAGGAAUCGAAGGAAAACGAUAGGAAACCAUCAUUUUGGAAGCAUUUCAAACGUUAG